AUAUAUAUAUAUAUAUUUUACUUCAAACUAAACAAAAUUUACUUUUAUCUUCACUCAAACAACAAACUAAAUAUUUUCUUUUUCUUCAGAUAAAAACAUAUCUACACCCACAGUGCUGUACAUAGAGUAAAAUUAGACAUUAAGGCAGUCAAAACAAUAAAUUAAGAACAUAAAAACACUAACCACCAGAAAACACUGAAACAAUGCUGAGUCUUAUGCUGAAUAAAUAAAAAUGUGUUGCGCUGAUGUCUUUUGCUUUACCAGUCAGGGCCACUAGAGGGCACGUUUACACGAUAGCUAACGAUCUGACGUGAUAAUGUUCAACCAAUGUUUUGAAGCGAAUUUAUUCACACUCUAAUUCUAAGGGAAAUAUAAUUUCUAUUUAUCUUACAUUUUGCUUUAAACUGACUACAUACUGUGGGUGUGACCAUUAUUGUUUUGUACUAUGGCAUUUUGAUAUUAAAAAAAACACUUUGUGAAUAAAUGUUGAAAGUUGAGCGUAUUGUGGUGUUGUGCUUUUUUGCUUCCUCUUUGUGUCAUUCUGUCAGCAUAGCAUGUACAUGUCGAAGUGAGACGGCAUCAUGGCACACUCCGGAAUAUUUACAGUAAAUAGCCUUCCAUCAGGUAAGACGCCCUUAUCAACACUGAUGACACACCGCACAAACACACACACACCUUACACACACUUCACAAAUCAGCAACCAAAAAAAGCUCUUCAACUCAUCUGUGUGGACUUUUGAAGAUGCGUAAACGUCUGAUCCAAGUGUUCGGCUUCCUGAUUUCCACGCUGGGCUGGCUCUUUGUGCUGUGUACCAUGGCUAUGGACUUCUGGAGGAUCAGCCAGAUCGGCGGCCAGGGCGGCUCGUUCAUCAUCAAGGUAGCCUGGUACUGGUCCAAUUUGUGGAAGGACUGCUUCACCGACUCCACGGCCGUCACCAACUGUAGAGACUUCCCUGUGCUCUGGAGUGUCACGCCGUACGUCCAGGGGGUGCGAGGCUUGCUGAUGUGCGGCCUGACUUUGGGCUUCUUCGCCGCCGUCUUGUGCUUCCUGGGCAUGGAGUGCACCUACCUCGGCGGAGACGAGCUGAGUAAGGACAAGAUGCUUUUCGCCGGUGCGGUCUUUCACUUUGCGGGUGGAGUGUCCGAUAUUGCGGCCUACUGCUUAUACAUCAACAGAGUUGCCAGGAACACCUUUGCUGUCAACUUAGCACCUGGACUCUUACGGUACGACUUAGGCCCGCCCAUAUUUCUCGGAUUGGUCGGAAGUUUUUUUAUCCUUUUAGGAGCUCUCUUUUAUGCAGCCACUGUGUUAAGAGUACUCCUAUCUAAAAGUCAAGUGGUCUAUACCUACGGCGGGGGCACAUACAUGGACCCUCGCACACGAGGACGAAGCAUGUACACCGGUUAUUACAGAUCCAACAGGCUCUAUGGAACUUACUACGGCUCGAGGAGAUCCAGCGGCUCCAAAAUAGCCAAACUCUCUGCGACAACACCAGAGAGGUUUUCUGAAAGGGAUGCCUUUGUGUAAUGUCUGUAAAUGGAUUUGUUGUGUAUGAAUUUUUCAGGUCACAUUGAAAGAUAACAAGUCAUAUUAUGCGAGGAAAGUUGUUCAUGUUGGGAGAAAAAAAUAUCUAUAAAGAGAUUAUGAAAUAUAUAUAAACAUAUAAAAAGUACACAGUAUAUAAAAAUGUCUUGAUUGAAGUUCAUUGUUGCAAUUAAGUUGCUGUUAUUUUUAUUUUUAAUUAUUUUUAGUUAUGUUACUAUUAAUUAUUUUAUGCUGUUGGUGAAAUGAUCUAACAUUGUAAAAAACAAUUAUUCUUGUUUGCCCUUCACUGGCCAUAUAUAAAAGUGAUAAAAAUAUUAUUACUAUUUUUAAUUAUUUUUAGUUAUGUUAUUAAUUAUUUUAUGCUGUUGGUGAAAUGAUCUAACAUUGUAAUAAAAACAAUUAUUCUUGUUUACCCUUCACUGGCCAUGCAUAAAAGUGAUUAAAAAAAAAAGAAUAUUUAAAAAUUAUCAACAAACUCUUUAUGCAAUUAAACAGAUUGUUUUA